AUGGUUGAAACUUACAAGGAUUGGCAUGAGAAGUUACCAUUCGCUCUUCUUGCUUACCGAACAUCUAUUAGGACUUCUACUGGAGCAACACCUUUUUCUUUGGUUUAUGGGAUGGAAGCAGUCCUACCCAUUGAAGUCGAAAUUCCUUCUCUCCGGGUAUUAGCUGAAUUAAAAUUCGACGAGGCUGAAUGGCUCCAAUCUCGGUAUGACCAAUUGAACCUGAUAGAAGAGAAAAGACUGAAAGCUAUUUGUUAUGGGCAAAUGUAUCAGCAGCGAAUGUUGCGAGCUUAUAACAAAAAGAUUUGGGCUCAGAGGCUUCAAAAGGUUUUAAUAGGAGAUUUUCUCCUUUUUCGGCCACCGCAUGAAGCGGUGCUUGAGAUCUCGAGAUCGGCGGUGGCGCGGUGGCGGUGUGGACCGAUGACCGUGCCUGGCCGGAGAACAGGGGGCUGA